AUGGAGGAUAUUGGGCUGUUUAAGCAAGCAUGGCAGUGGCUGCAAAUGCAGAAGCACACUUGCUCGCGGGUCAGAACUGCAGCAGGGUGUGUGAGAGAGAGGGCUGGUGUCCUUAUAGACCGACAUUGGCCGACGGUGUGUGGCGGGUUUGCCAGAUUUGGGAAGUUGAUAACUUUCUUGUUGAUAUAUUGGAAAGAAUGCUUUGUCAAGGGCUUCCUAUCGGUUCUGCAACUGGACUCGGCAGCUCUGCUUCUUAUUAUGUGGAGUUGCUUUCUUAGUCUCACAUCAAUAUCAUGCUUGAUUUACGUACUGGUUGGCAUGGGAGCUGCAGGAGUUGCUGUUCAAUACUUGGGUUAUACCCCUGGGCUUUUUAUCGUAGGACUAGUUGCUAUAUUAACUCUAUGGAUGUAUGCUAACUUUUGGAUAACAGGAACCUUGUUUAUAGUUGGAGGUUAUUUGUUUUCACUCAAUCAUGCUAGGUUGGUGGUUCUAAUGGCGGCUAUAUAUGCUAUCUAUAUGGUCCAAGUUCGAGUGGGGUGGCAUGGUGUUUUUCUGUCAGUACACCUCACAUUUUUCUCAAAUGACAUGUUGAAUCUGUUACUGCAAUGUUGUGAUAAUAUCAGUGAGUCUGUCCCUGUGGAGGAGCAGAAAGAUCCCGAAACAGUUCAAGAGGAUGGGUUCUCUCCAGAUUGUGACUUCUCCAUGCCAACUGAUGCAUCUGAAAAGGUGCAUUCAUGUAAAUCUUCCAGUAAGCCAGCUGGUGUUUCUUCAGUUGUUAGUAACCAACCAGAAUCUUCUACUAGAAAGGUAGUUAGAGAAGACACGAGUUCAGUUGAUGAGAUGAGGAGGAUCUUAACAAGUAUUGAUCAUUAUGAAGCUCUUGGGUUUCCUCGUCACAAGCGGAUUGAUGCGGCAAUUUUGAAAAAGGAGUACCGGAAGAAGGCCAUGCUUGUGCAUCCUGACAAAAAUAUGGGGAGCCCGUUAGCAAGUGAAUCCUUUAAGAAACUUCAGUGUGCCUAUGAGGUUCUUUCUGACGGCACCAAGAAGCGGGAUUAUGAUGAGCAAUUGCGGAAGGACGAGCUCAGGACUAGAAGUGUGUGUCAGAAGUCCUAUAGUACCUCAACACAGGAUUCUCCCGACUAUUUUUCCGAGGAAUCAAGGCACAUCCAGUGUACAAAGUGUGGUAAUUCCCAUAUAUGGGUGUGUACGAAUAGGAGCAAGGCCAAGGCAAGAUGGUGCCAGGAUUGUUGCCAAUACCAUCAAGCCAAAGAUGGUGAUGGAUGGGUUGAAUACAAGGGCUCAUUGGGGUUUGACACGUCUGUAAAGGUGGAAAUCCCCCGUGCUUUUGUAUGUGCUGAAAGCAAAAUAUUUGACGUCUCUGAGUGGGCUAUCUGCCAGGGAAUGGCGUGCAGACCCAACACUCACAGGCCAAGUUUCCAUGUGAAUAUGGUUGGUCUGGAGAAAACACAGCGGUCGAGUACAGGACGAUACCCAUGGGAUUUAGAUGCCGAGAUGAUGGACGAAGAUGAAGAAGAGUUUGAGCUGUGGCUACAACAGGCUCUGGCUUCUGGGGUGUUCUGCGAGACUUCUAAACGCAGGACAAGCUGGAGCCCUUUCAAGCUGAAUCCAAAGAAAGGGAAGAAACAGGGGCGGAGAACAUCAACUUAA